AUGGGAGUUCCAACCAAGAUCAGCAUUCUAGGUCGCGAAAGCAUUGUCGCUGACUUCGGCAUCUGGAGAAAUUAUGUGGCGAAGGAUCUAUUAAGCAGCUGCUCCUCCUCAACCUACGUCCUUAUUUCCGACACCAACCUGACGCCCCUCUAUUUGGAGGGCUUCCAAAAGUCCUUCGAAGAUGCCGCAACGAAUGUCUCUCCCAAACCGCGUCUCCUCACGUACGAAAUACCUCCCGGAGAGUCUUCGAAGUCUCGUGAGACAAAAGCGGACAUUGAAGAUUGGAUGCUUGCCCGCCAACCGCCAUGCGGUCGAGAUACGGUGAUCAUUGCCUUGGGGGGCGGCGUGAUUGGAGAUUUAAUCGGAUUUGUUGCAGCUACAUAUAUGCGUGGAGUCCGCUUUGUGCAGGUUCCUACAACCCUCUUAGCAAUGGUUGACUCUUCUAUUGGCGGCAAGACAGCCAUUGAUACGCCCAAUGGCAAAAAUUUGAUCGGAGCCAUUUGGCAACCGCAAAGGAUCUAUCUGGAUAUGGAGUUUUUGAAUACCUUACCUGAGAGAGAGUUUAUAAAUGGCAUGGCCGAAGUGAUAAAGACUGCAGCAAUUUCAAGCGAAGAAAAGUUCGCAGCACUAGAACGUGAUGCUGAGACUAUAUUGGCAGCCGUCAAGUCCAAAAACACACCAGAACGACCGCGAUUCAGUGGUAUCGAGGAGACGCUGAAAAGAACAAUCUUAUCCUCUGCAGAGUUCAAGGCGCAGGUUGUGUCAGCGGAUGAAAGAGAGGGCGGACUGCGCAACCUCCUAAACUUCGGGCAUUCUAUCGGUCACGCAAUAGAAGCUAUUCUAGCCCCACAGGUCCUUCAUGGAGAAUGUAUUUCUAUAGGAAUGGUCAAGGAAGCCGAACUAGCUCGCCAUCUUGGAAUUUUAAAUAACGUUUCCGUAUCCCGCAUAUCGAAAUGCCUUGCCAAUUAUGGGUUGCCAACUUCUCUCAAAGAUCAGCGAAUAAAGAAACUGACCGCUGGCAAACAUUGUAGCGUGGAGCAACUGAUCGCGUAUAUGGGCGUCGAUAAAAAGAACGAUGGGCCUAAAAAAAAAGUCGUGCUUCUCUCUGCCAUUGGGCGCACACAUGAGCCACGUGCUAGUACAGUGUCGAACGAAGAGAUCCAAAUCGUACUUGCGCCAAGCAUCGAAGUUUCCCCAGGUGUUCCGAAAGGCCUUGAUGUCACCUGUACACCCCCAGGAUCGAAAAGUAUCUCGAAUCGGGCCCUCGUCCUUGCCGCAUUAGGGUCAGGUACAUGUCGCCUCAAGAAUCUCCUCCACUCAGAUGAUACUGAGGUUAUGCUUAAUGCCCUUGAACGGCUAGGUGCUGCUACAUUCUCCUGGGAAGAUGAGGGCGAGGUGCUUGUAGUAAGUGGCAAAGGCGGCAGGAUGGAGGCUAGCUCCAGUGAAUUGUACGUAGGAAAUGCCGGGACUGCGUCACGGUUCUUAACGACUGUCGCUACGCUUGCCCGAAAAAGCAGCGUCGACUCGAGCGUGCUCACUGGAAACGCCCGGAUGAAGCAAAGGCCCAUUGGCGAUCUUGUUGAUGCCCUCGCAGCCAACGGCGCUAGCAUCGAGUAUCUCGAAAACCUAGGUUGCCUUCCACUCAAAAUUGCCGCUUCGGGAGGAUUUGCCGGCGGGGAGAUAAACCUUGCUGCGAAAGUGUCCUCCCAAUAUGUGUCGUCAUUGUUGAUGUGCGCUCCGUACGCUAAAACGCCUGUAACCCUGAGACUUGUGGGCGGGAAGCCUAUCUCACAGCCUUAUAUCGACAUGACCACUGCCAUGAUGCGAUCGUUCGGCGUCGAAGUCAAAAAAUCCGAGACGGAAGAGCAUACUUACCAUAUUCCCCUUGGCUUCUAUACCAACCCUGUAGAAUAUAUUGUUGAAAGCGAUGCCAGCUCUGCCACAUACCCCCUGGCGGCUGCUGCCAUCACUGGCACUUCCUGCACCGUCCCGAAUAUUGGAUCCAAGUCUCUUCAAGGAGAUGCCCGAUUCGCCGUCGAUGUCCUGCGGCCAAUGGGCUGCGCUGUGGAUCAGAACGAUUUCUCCACUAGAGUUACCGGUCCUCCAGGAGGAAUACUGAGCCCGCUACCCAAUAUAAACAUGGAGCCCAUGACAGAUGCAUUUCUGACUGCGUCGGUUCUUGCUGCUGUUGCAAGAGGCAAGGGGUCGAAUCGCACGACGCGGAUAUUCGGUAUCGCAAAUCAGAGGGUCAAAGAAUGUAACAGAAUCAAGGCUAUGAAAGAUGAACUUGCCAAAUUUGGGGUUGUUUGUCGAGAACAUGACGAUGGCCUCGAAAUCGACGGCAUAGACCGCGCGACCCUGCACCAUCCGUCAGAUGGCGUUUAUUGUUAUGACGACCACCGCGUUGCGAUGAGUUUCAGCGUUCUCUCCUUGGUGGCUCACGAGCCAACUCUGAUUCUCGAAAAGGAAUGUGUUGGAAAGACGUGGCCCGGUUGGUGGGACUGCUUAUCUCAGACUUUCAAGGUGAAAUUGGAUGGCAAGGAAGUAGGCAAAAGAACAGAAACGAACCCUAUUGUCCACGUAAACAAAUCUGCAGCAUCGAUUUUCAUCAUCGGCAUGCGAGGUGCAGGGAAGACGACAAGCGGUUUUUGGGUUUCCAAGGCACUCCAGCGUCCAUUCAUUGACUUGGAUGAUGAGCUCGAAAGAACUGAAGCGUAUGUUGAGGACAUGAUGAGUGUGUGGUUGCGCCGAAAACCAUGGUAUGAGGAAUGUAGCAAUGUUCAAUACUACAGUCGAUUAACUGGAUUGGACGGGAUGACACAGGUUUCAGGUGGCUUCAAUCGUUUCUUAAAAGUCAUCACCGGCGAAGUGGACAGCCUUGCAAAGAUGAGAAGGAAACAAAAUACUUUCUUUGUCUCUCUCACACUUCCCGAUCUCGGUCUGGCUGCCCAUAUCUUGAAAGAAGUCACGCUGGGGUCAGACGCUGUAGAGCUGCGAGUUGAUUUGCUUAAAGAUCCCCAGUCUGAUAAUGAGAUCCCGUCUGUUGACUACGUCGCUGAACAAAUAUCCGUGCUACGCAGUCGUACUUCGGUGCCUCUUGUAUUCACUAUCCGUACAAAGGGUCAAGGUGGUCGCUUCCCCGACGAUGCAUACGAUGCCGCCUUACAACUCUACCGUCUUGCCGUCCGAAUGGGAUCUGAAUUUGUGGAUCUAGAAAUAUCGUUCCCGGAGCAGCUCCUACGUACGGUGACUGAAAUGAAAGGCUUUUCGACAAUCAUCGCAUCCCACCAUGAUCCCAAGGGGCAAUUGUCAUGGGUGAAUGGUUCAUGGAUUCAAUUCUACAACAAGGCUCUUCAGUAUGGAGAUGUGAUCAAGCUUGUGGGUGUUGCAAGGUCAAUUGACGACAACAUUUCACUGAAGAAAUUCAAAACCUGGGCAGAGGAGAAACACAACAUCCCCAUUAUCGCCAUCAAUAUGGGCGACAAGGGCCAGCUAAGCCGGAUGUUAAAUGGCUUCAUGACACCAGUAUCCCAUCCUAGCCUACCAUUCAAGGCAGCGCCUGGUCAACUUUCCGCCAGAGAAAUCCGAAAGGGUCUCUCUCUCAUAGGCGAAAUCAAAGCAAAGAAAUUCGCUGUCAUUGGGAACCCAGUCUCUGCCUCUCGAUCUCCGGCAAUGCACAACACUCUCUUCAGACAAAUGGGCCUCCCACACACCUACGGGACCCUAGAAACAGAUAAUCCUGAAGUUGCCAAAGAAUUCAUCCGCUCCCCAGGCUUUGGCGGUGCCUCCGUCACCAUUCCCCUAAAAUUAAGCAUCAUGCCCCUCCUCGACGAAAUUGCGCCAGAAGCAAUGUCGAUCGGGGCUGUAAACACCAUUGUCUGCGCCCCGCCAGCACCAGACAGCAAAUCCCAAACCCCACGCCUUAUCGGCCACAACACAGAUUGGCAAGGCAUGGUCCGCUGCCUGAGCGACGCAGGUGCCUAUGCCGCAGCCACGCCCACCACCGCCUCUGCCGGUCUGGUUAUCGGAGGCGGUGGAACGGCCCGCGCAGCGAUCUUCGCCCUUCAGAACAUGGGCUACUCCCCCAUAUACGUGUUAGGCCGCUCGCCAGACAAGCUUUCCAGCAUGACCUCCACCUUUCACACCGACCACGACAUUCGCAUUUUAGAAGACGUGAAAGCUCUAGAAUCUUUGCCGACAGUAGCUAUUGGGACGAUACCUGGCGAUAAGCCAAUCGAGCCCCACAUGCGAGAAAUUCUCUGCAAGCUCUUCGACCUAUGCGAAAAAGCAAAUUCAGACACUGAGCAGGCGCGCGGCGUCAGCACGAAACGUAUCUUACUGGAGAUGGCAUAUAAACCUUCUGUCACGUCGCUGAUGCAAUUGGCUAGUGAUUCCGGGUGGACGGUGUUGCCGGGGCUGGAGGCUUUGGUGGCGCAGGGGGUUUAUCAGUGUGAGUACUGGACAAACAUUACGCCUGUCUAUGAAUAUGCUAGGUGUUGGAAGGUUUACGACGUGAAACUUAUAAAUUGCGAGCGGGGGAACGCAAUUUCGCUCUUGGUCUUAGAAGCAUUUACGCAUGCUUUCUAUGAACAUCCCGUUCUCAACCACAGCUCAUAA